CUUGACAAUGCUUCGGGGGAAAGUCAACCGGAGGAUUAGAUCAAGUGGAUUUGACAAGUUACCCAGUCCACGAGGAUGAGUCGGUAAGACUGCGUUGUCCGAGGUGAUAACAUAAUGGAUAUCAACCGGGUUUAGGAGCAGCAGCGGAUUUUGGGAGAACCGCUAAUCAGACGUUGGACAUUGCAAUCACUGCAAUGACUGAGGCGUCAAAACCGCCGUCGGGGAGGAGAAUGAAGGCACGUGCCCCACCACCACCGUCAGCCCCUCAACCCGCUCCACGCAACAUCUUCAGAAAUACUGCACCUGAUGGGGGAGGGACGGAUGCCAAGGAGAACAUACUGAGGCCCACUGUGGAUGUACGGCUAACGCUACCACAGGGACAACAGGUUUCGGUAACUGAGGAUGGAAGUAAGGCACUGAUGGACCUGCUGGUUGAUCUGUGUAGUCGCUACCAUCUGAAUCCAUCACUACACACCCUGGAGCUUCUGUCGCCCGAGGGGCACAGUUUAGGGUUCAAACCCAACGCACUACUGGGCUCCCUCAACGUGGCCCGUGUCCUCAUCAAGGAAAAAGUCUCGGAGGAGAAAGUGGCGCGCAAGCCAGCUCCCAAACAGCCAGAGAAAACAGUGCGUUUGAUGGUGAACUACCACGGCAGCCAGAAGGCCGUGUUACGGGUCAACCCGCUGGUACCACUCCAGGCCCUCAUACCAGUCAUCUGUGACAAGUGUGAGUUGGACCCUGCACAUGUCCUGCUCCUGAAGGACAGCGCCAGUCGACACGAGUUACCGCUGGACAAAUCUCUGACGGACCUGGGGAUCAAGGAGCUCUACAUUCAUGACUACUAUCUAGUUCUUCAGCCUAAAAUGGCUUCUGCCCCUGCCCUUAACUACCCAGAAUCCAUUCAGUCCAGCACUACUAGUUUGGGAAGAAAAGGGAAGAAAGGCUUCCUUGGUGUCUUCCAGUUCAGCAGGAGGAAAUCCAAGAUAGAGACAACUGGAAACAUGGACGACAGUGAUGAUUAUAGAAUUCAAAAUAGAGGCACACAGUCCAGUGCUAUGUCCACAGUGUCAGGGGUCUCCAGCAUAGAGGACCGGCCCACUACCUUGGGCCAGUCUCAGUCGGUCACGACUCUUCCCAGGAUGUCUCCCAAGGCUGACAGUAAGAAGAAGAGGGCUCCAGCACCACCUGGCACCAUGACACCAGGCAUUGGACACGCCACCUACGAGAGCUAUCAGAUUGGCCUCGGUUCAGAAAGCCAGCAGAGGAAAAGAAAGGCUCCAGCUCCUCCUCCUACUCCAACUUCCAUUACCCAAGGCUCUGAUGACCCUUCAACCUCGGCUGCUCCCAGUCCCGUUAGCCACGCUACUGAAUUACCCACCCCAGCCUUACGCAGCAAGGCGGCACAGUCGACCAGGGUCUCUUCUUCUACUGUGGUAAUGCAAACCGUAAAAUCCGCCUCACGUGUUUACGAUACCACCCCAGCCAGUUCCCCAACUCCAAGCAGCAGCACCACCGACAGUCUGGCUGUGCAGGACUCCAGCUCUGAAUUCAGCCACAGUCUCGACGAGUCGGACAACGACGUCAACCAAGCAGGUUCCCAGUGCAGCUCCCUCACCAGUACCUCUGUGAGCGAGUCUGUGCCGGGUCAGCCCUCUGCAAAAAGCACGAGCAGCAGAAUGAAGAAAACGGUCAGCAGCAAGGCUGCCCAAAUAAAUCAAGAGCAGACUUCAGACAGCAGCUCCAGGUCGAAGACUGAGUCAGCCCUAAACCUGAAGCUGGACGAAGUUGAGAACAACAGACACAGCGCAAUGGGAAACACUGAUCGACCAGUGCCACCUAAACCCCGUCGUUCCCCAGCCCGGGAACUGUCACAGCAUGUCUUACCCCCUAAACUGUCUGCGUCACCCUCAUCCUCCCUUCACACUGAAAGCAGCCCUCCACAGAAUCCCAUGGAAGUGGAGGAAGCAGCUCCCCAGCCCUGGCUCCAUUCCAUGCCGAGCUCUGCAGCCAAAGGCCAGAAACCAGACGAAGAGUCUCUGUCCACCAGCAGUAGUGGCAUUAGCCUGCCUGACCAGGGUUAUGCUACCUCUGAAGGUAUGGCAGAAGGCACCUCGCCAGAUGGGAGUUUGUCUCUCGAUGGAAGUACCGGAGUUAGGAGAGGCAAGCUGCUGGGAUCGAUGCGAGACUGCUCCAGUGACAGCGAUGAAGGAUGUGCCAACUGGGGAUCAAGACACAGGCACAAUGACCUACGCGAACAGUCGAUCAGACACCAUGCAGUCUCAGUAAGAGAGACUCCCUAUAGGAUGUCCACUUGCAUUAAUGAGGUGGACACCUAUGUGCCAGUCACAGCGAUAGAUGAAGUACUGGAGGAAUAUGAACGUAAAGAACAACUGGACUCACAUUCCAGGACUGAGUCAUCUAGCAGCAAAGGCUUUCGUCCCAACUCCAGUAUGGAGCCACAGAACCGAAACAACAAUGCCUACACAGCUGCUGUUGGUAAUAAAAGGAGCAGUUCACAUAGUAAGAAGUCUCAAUCUGAGGAGAAAAAGUCUGGAGGGGAUAAAAACGAAAAAAAGGUACUAGAAACAAAAGUGAAAGAGAAGAUCAUUGCUUAUACCAGCGUUGUGAAAGAAGAUAAACAAACAUGGGCGGGGAAAUCUAACGUGGACAUACAGAAGAAAGGCAAGAGCAUCAAGAUCAACCCCAGUCCUGCAAAAAGUACUGCACAACAGACAAAACCUGACUUUUCACCAACAAAUCGAAGAGCAGUGUCUACAGAAAAAGUUGAAGAAAUUCAAAAGGUUUACCAAAAUAACUCUACUCCUUCUUCCACUACCAUUACACAGGGUAAAAUCACCCACAACGCCACAUCGCGAUUUGGUAUGAAAACAUUCACUGUGGUUCCUUCAAAACCUUCCUCCGUUAAACCUGCUGCUGCAGAGCAGCCAGCUCACACAUCAACCUCUGGUGCCAUUAAGAUUGAUGAUCAAGGAAAUAUGGUGACAGCAGGUAUCUCCCGUGAUAAAGCUGCUACGUCAUCACAGUCCGAGAAAGAAGAGACUCCUCUUCUUGGAAAAGCCAAAGCUUUUUGGAGCUCAAAUGAAAGACAGAGUGCUGUGACCAACAGCAAAGGUCUGACUGAUAAGGCCAAGGAGAGCACAACAGGCCCGAGAAGUGCCCCCACUGUAGUUGUGGAAACUACACAGAAGACCAGUAACACAGACAGCUUUAAGACAGCACAAAGUGUUUUUUCUAAAUCUGCAGAGAGAGUCCAGCCUAAAGAGGCUGUAAAAGACGCUAAAGAACCUGUGAAAACCGUCAAAGUUGUAAAGAAGGAGAGCGUAGAGGUGGAGACCAAGAUUUCCGCGUCCAAAAACGUUCAACAGCCAAAUAAUAAACCUGCCUUUUCCCCUCCAGUAGUCACAGACGCACAAAGAGACAUGAACUUCCUUAAACCGUCCAGGCGCACCUCAAGCCAGUAUGUGGCAACUGUCAUCACUAAAACUUCUUCAGGUAAACCUGGCUCCGUCUCUAAAUUACCUGAACAGCCCACUUCGUUGAAAACCGAGACCACUGGCUUCCAGAAAUCAGGUCACUCCGUAAAGGUGAAGUCACACCACUCUUCCUCACCAUCUUUGGCAGACAAUAGGGAGAAUGUCUCUACUUCUGCUUCCACUUCUCUUGGUUCUACGCUGUCUUUGCGCUAUCAGGAGCAUACGUCGGAGAGUCGGAGAGAUUUUGUGGAAGACAUACCCGAUGGGAAAAGAUUGGAAAAAUGUGUAGGAUCCACCAAAGAAAGUUCUGAAAUGUUGAAAACCGAAACAACCAAGAAUAAGCACAUUCAGUCUGCUGGAUCCAUCCAAAUGAAAGUAAAGGCCUUUAAUGAAGGAGGAGCAUAUCAAGAGAAUAUCAAGCACACUCGACCCAGAAGCCCGAGCCCACCAACAAGCAGUACUCUUAACUCUUUUAAAAAACCAAGCACAGCCCCAAAGACUCAAGUCCCGACAAGUAGCUCAAAGGACAUGACUAAGGCAGGCGAACAUCGAACCCCUGAUGCAAAGACGCUACCUUCUGUCAACGUUUCAAACACUGGUGUGAUCCCUGAGCCUCCAGCACUGACAGUGUUUGGGCCAGUUAAAAAGUUCAAACCAGUGAUCUCUAAAUCUGUCGACAAAGAGACGUCUCUGCACAGCAGCCUGAUGGAGGCAAUCCAGACUGGUGCAGGCAGGGAAAAACUCAAGAAGGUAUCCGUCCCCGGCAACCAGAAGAAAGUAUCUCAUGUUGAAGAGGAGAACGAGAGGUCUGCCCUACUGGCCGCCAUAAGAGCCCAGAGCAGUGGCAGCAAACUGAGGAAGACCAAAUCCGUGGCUGCCCGUGAGCUUGAGAUGUUCAGGAAAGUGAAUUCUGAGGAGGUGGAAAGUGCAGGCUCUUCACCCUCUCUUCCCCCUACCUCUAUACCUUGCACUUCUUCUCUCCUCACCCCACCACCACCACCACCACCUCCACCACCAUCCGCGGUGGGUCUUCCACCUCCUCCCCCUGUCUUGCCCCAGGGUAAGCCUAACUCUGUGGCACAACCGAACGCUAACACCCUCAUGGAGGCUGCCUUAGCCAGGGAGGCUAUGCUGGAGGCUAUUCGCUCUGGAUCUGCUGCUGAGAGGCUGAAAAAGAUCGGUCCACCCAAAAAGACGGUCCGAGUGAACGGGAGACUGGGAACCAUUGGAAGAUAAUCCACUGCACCUCAGCCUUGAGAUGGAAACCCCUUCAUCACCAUGACAUUUAUCAGAUUUAAUUCACUUUAGCAACUUAAGUUCUGUUUUGUUUUUUUUUUUUUUUGCUCUCCAGAAGAAGGAAAGAUUUCUUGAAGCUAUCUUGAUAGAUUUGAUUAUUUAAAAGGGGCUUCACGUCUCUUACUACCGAUCAUACACUUAAAUGAAUGCAGUUUUAAAGGAACAGCAAGGCAGGGAUGUUGAUAUUUUCUCGUAGCAGCCAAACACCUGCUCCAAGAUGUCAUAGGUGAAAGGUUUGCAGCCGCGUAGAAUAUCAGACCGCUCCGCUUCUAACCGUAACUUGCUUCUUAAAUACAUCUUGCCAUGUGUGCUUGAAUUCAGCACAUUUUAAGCAGAACGUUGUACAAAAUUGUGUGCCAAUGAAAGCAAAUUUAAAUGGCUUAUCAGACUUUCAGAUCAUUAUUUUUUUUAUUAUUAUCAUCUGCCUUUUCCACAAUAAGUUAUAAAUGCCUUAUACUGUUCAGUGUUAUGUGUAUGAUGAUUUUUUUUGCUUUGUAAAUUCUAUAUGGGAUGCAAUAACUUAGAUCUGAUGAUAUUUCCAGAUGUGGAAAAUAUUUUAUUUGAACAAAUGAUUAUUUAAAAUGUUCGUACACUUAAGAAAACAAUGGCUAGGUCCAUUGGCAAGGCUUUAGGUGUAUUAUUUUCUGGUCCAUAAUGCCAACCUCUGCAGCUCCUGGCUGUGAGGAGGACGAAAGUGAUGACUGGCUCGUGCCUCUUAAGCUCAAUAUGCUUCUGGUUUAGCUCCUAACCUUUAGUGUGCUGCUCUCAAAGAUCUAAAGACACUAUGCCCUGCUGAAGCAUACAUUUUAUAUAUAAUAUAUAUAGCAUGAAGCUAGGAUGAAUCUUACCUUUUUUUUGACAUUUCAACAUUUUUGAAGCACUGCUAUUGAAAUAUAUGUUUGGUGGAUACCACCAUGAGCAAAGAGAUUGAUUUUUUUUUUUUUUUUUUGAUCAGUAAGUCAUUAACAAUAUUAAUGGCUUCAUAAUGUAAAGUAGUAAUUGAUGGGAAAGUAGUUGAAUAGGUUACGUAUCGCCUUAAUUCAAGCAUUAUUGAUUUCAGUCUGCUGGUGAAAGAUCACUGUGUGAAGCAGCUAUGAAGAAGAGAGUGGACACUGCCAUUAAAGGUAGCUAUAUAUAACAGCAGUUAUAGAAGAUGUGAGGCAUUCGACUUGGAUCAUUUCUAUAAAGAAGAAAGAUUUAGAGCAUUCAGGUAAAGAAGUUGGCUGCUGUGUAUUGUGAGAGUAAAGGGAGUUGAUUUAAUUGUUUUACAGAGAUUUAUUUCAUGUCCCGCUUCAGCAUUCUAAAAAAUAUAUUUUGCAAUUUCAUGUUUGACCUCAAAAAUUACAUCCACAAGAGUGUUUCUAUUUCAUUUUUCCUUCUAUAACUGGAAAUACUGGUUUCAAUUUUAUGUGAACACACUAAAGCCUACAGCACAGUGUAGCAGUGUAUAUUUUGUAAAAAAUCGUCUCGAUUGAGUUGAUUUAUUCCACCAAUAAUGUAAAAAUUUUAUAAGCUAUUGCUUUUUAAGUUUUAAGUGCACAUUGUUUCUGUUUUUAUUUUUGGGAAGGUUGCACAGUUCUUUUUGUUUACCUAAUUUUUUUGAUUCAAUAAAUGAUUUUUGUAAUCAAGCAAAA